AUGGCCGCUCCCUUCGACCUGGGCGAGCUGGGCAAGGCGAUGCCCUCGCUGCGAGGCACGUCACGCCCCUUCGUGCCAGCGACUCAUCCUCCGCGCCAGCCCGUGCUGCGUGCUCCGCCGAAGCAGUGGCCGCCCUUCAAGGCACGCACGCCGGCACAGACCGAGCCGUGGAGCUUCGCAGGCAGUCCGGGGGCCUUUCAGCCGUACUGGGGCAUCUACUUCAAGCUCCCGGCGGGCGACAUCGGCGAGCGCAACGUGGAGCUGGCCUUCAGUCGCAGCAUCGAGGCCGUCUUCAAGCGCAAGGUGCCGCACAGCGUCCAACUCUUCCGCAGCAAGAGUGGCAAGAGUCGCGGCGACGGCUCUCUGCUCUUUGGCGAGCCGAACCUGCACGUCGCUUACCUCGACGGUCUCGGAAGAUGGCCGGAGAACAGGCCCUCUCUCCGCAAGAAGAACGAGGAGAUCGUCUGCCGCGCCGAGCGUCGGCCGCCGGACAGUGCGCGUCUGGCCAUGCUGAUCCAGCGGCUGGUACCGGCUGAAGACGAGAACUCCGACAAUGAGCAGACGACGAUCAACAGUCUCGAGGGCCGCGCACUGAGCUGCGGCACUUGGGACGCCGACGGCAACUUCUGCGAGGGCUGGCGCAGGACGCUGCCUGUGAGCGUCAGCCUGGAACAGCGCGAUGCGCACCUCAAGAUCGCGAGCAGCUUCUUCGAGAUCCGCUGCUCGCUGUACGGCUGCCUCAUGAACAUCGAGACGGACGGCAAGUGGCUGUACCUCAACCUCGAGAAGCGACCCCUCAUCUACGACGUCGACCCGGAGGAAGAGACGAUGAAGCGCAUGUGGGGCAUUGACGAGGAGCACGACCGCGUGGCGCCGUACUGCUACGUGUACCGCGUCGAGUGCUCUCGCGCCGACGUGACGAGCUACUGCUCGCAGAAGCAGGUCGAGCACCGCCUGCAGACGCUCUACCACAUGCGGCAGCAAGACCAGCACCAGCUACGCGACGUCGAGAAGGACGUCAAGGCGAUCGAGGAGCGCUGCGCACGUCUGCCCUACGCCGUCGCCUUCCAGGUGCACCUGCUCCUCGCAAACGGUCACCUUCUGCCGCACGAGGUCGCCGCGCUGGCGCAGGCGCUUCCCAAGAUCGUCCAGCGCGUAGGAGAGGCCGAGAUUGUGGCUCGGCUGCGCUCCUUUCCGGGCACGUACGGCUGGCGCUCAUCAGCGGCGAAUCUGCAACGCCCGGACGUCAACAACCACACCAUCCAAGACGUGCUCGCGUCGCUGCGAGAGAGUGCAACUCCCGGCUCACCCACAGCGACGUCAAAGCGACCGAGCCGUCGAGCGCGCGAGCGAGCGGACGGCAUGGUCCCUGUGCAUCGCGUGCUCAUCAGCCCGACUGGCAUUCAGCUCUCGGGUCCGGAGCCAGACGACGCCAACCGCAUCAUCCGGCGCUUUGGACCGGAGCACUAUGACGCAUUCUUGCGCGUUCACCUCGUCGAGGAGGACGGUGGCCGCCUGAUGUGGCAGCAGGGCACCGAUGCCUCUCCGCUGUGGAACCAGCGCUUCCGCGACUACCUCAACAAGGGCGUCGUCGUCGCGGGACGGCGCUUCGCGUUCCUAGGCUUCUCAUCGUCGGCGCUGCGUGAACACUCGGCGUGGCUCUGUCGCGAGCAGAUUGUUGUCGAUGGUGUCACGCACACACCCGACACCAUUCGCAGAGACAUCGGCGAGCUCAGCGCCAUUCGCUGCGCAGCGCUGUACGCCGCCCGUCUAGGACAGGCCUUUACGUCCACCUCGCUCAGUGUCACGCUACCUGCUCGCAUCUUUGCCACUGUGCCGGACAUUCAUGCUCCCGUAGGCGCUGAUGGUGCGAAGUACGAUUUCUCAGACGGGCACGGCACGCUCUCGCAAGCGGUCGUCGACCGCAUCAACGCCAAGAUGCACCGCCAGGUCGAGGGACGCGGCACGGUCAACGUAUUCCAGAUCCGCGCCGGCGGUGCCAAGGGCGUGCUCUCGCUCGACACCCGUCUUAACGGCUUGCAAGUUCGGCUGCGCGACUCGAUGGAGAAGUUCAAGCUCAACGAUCACACUCGCGGCGACUGGACUCUUGAGGUGGUCACGCAGGUGACUCGUCCGCACACGCAGUAUCUCAAUCGGCCUCUGAUCGCCGCGCUCGAGACGCUCGGCGUCCCGUCAAAGAGCUUCAUGCACCUGCAGACGCUCGCUCUGAAGCAGGCCCGCGCGGCCGUGACCGAGGUCUCUGCAGCGAUGGCGCUGCCGAACAGCGAAGGCUGGACGCAGACACUGAAGGCCCGGCGCGUGCUGCAGUACCUUCGCAGGGAGCUCGACAUCGAGGGCCUGACCCAGGUGCCGUUCCUGCGAGAGUGCAACAUGGCCGUCUUGACGCAUGCGCUGCGGCAGAUCAAGUACAGAGCCCGCAUCCCUGUCGCCGACGCGUGGACCAUCAUGGGCAUCCUCGACGAGACGGGAACGCUCAAGGAAGGCGAGAUCUAUGUGUGCAUUCAGCAGCCGCAGGGUCAGCGGUGUGCCGUCAAGGGCAAGUGCCUCGUCACGCGAAGCCCCACGAUGUACCCGGGCGACAUUCAGUUCGCCACGGCGAUCGGCGACGUGCCCGAGUCCUCUCCGCUGCAUCCGCUCGUCAACGUCGUCGCGUUCUCUCAGAAGGGCACGCGUCCGCUUCCUUCGAUGCUUGGCGGUGGUGACCUGGACGGAGACCUUUACAACAUCAUCCAGGACACUUCUCUCUUCCCGAAGACUGUGGACGCGCCUGCAAGCCACGCUUCUCCUCUGCGCAAGUUCCUCGCGCGCAACUGCACCGUCGGCGACGUGAUCGACUUCAUGCUGGAGUACUGCCAGGCUGACCGGGCGCUGCAGAACGACGUGACCGGCAUGCUGUCCAGCCUCCAUCUCGCGACGUCAGACUCCAAGUACUUGGGCAUCCGCGACUCCGACUGCAUUCAGCUCGCCGACCUCGUCACGGCGGCCGUCGACUUCCCGAAGACAGGCUUUGCGCCUGACAAGUCGCGGGUGCCUCGACUGGCCAGCCGUCCAGACUACAUGCGGCCGGAGCAUCACAUCGAGGGCAAGCCGCGCAAGGCGGGCCGCAAGGCAGCCGACCGCAACCUGUACCACAAGAGCGAGAAGACGCUCGGCGAGCUCUUCCGUACGAUCGACGUCAACGGCGACCUCUCCAAGUGGCUUAGCAAGGCCCAGCCUCAGCUCGCGAGCAAGACGGUCCUCGCAAAGAUCUGGAGCCACAUCGAGUGGAGAGCCAAGGCAUGCUCGUACAAGCUGGAGCACGAGGCGAUGCAGCACGCGGUCGUCGAGUACUACGAACGCCUUGACCGCAUCUGCUACGAUAACUCCUCGCGCUCCGACACGCUCUCGGAGGCCGAGGCGGUGACGAGCGUCAUCAUCAAUCUGCAGAACCGGCCACGCGGCGUUGCCAAGGACUUUGACGCUGCCGCCGCUCUACGAGCGUCGUACGGCGAGGCCGUGUCUGGCGCGAUGCGCAGCAUCCUCGGCACGCAGCCGGGCGAAGACGACGAGAGCGACGACGAAGACGAGCGGCCGUUUGAUGCCUUCAAGUUCGUGCCCGGCACUGCCAGUCGUGCGGAGCAACGCCAGGCCUCCAGGUGAGUGCUGUGGACAUUAACGAGGAGUGCGCCGCCAGAUCUGACAACCGCCUCGACUAGCUUCUUCGCCGAGCAAUUUGCCCGCGCUGCGGCUUUC